AUGGCUCAAUUCACAAGAAUAGCAUUUGAGUUGAUCUCAAGAUAUAUUAGUGAAGAAUUAAUCACCGAAUUGUCUAAAACGUUGGGACUUUUGGCUGAAACGAAAGAGUCAAGUGUUUCGACGACAUCGACACAAAUCAAAAGGAAAAUUGAUGAAAACGAAAGUUCUGUGUCUUUUGAAGACUACAGCGCAUACAGAGGCGGAACCGCUCCCUCAACACACGAUAAGAAGCCAGCGAAGAUGUCUCGGUCUCAGAGAGAACUGUUGAAAGUGGAUAAGACGGGAAUGAAGAAAGAAUCUCUGAGGACUUUAGACUCUAUUAUACAUUCUGUAUAUAAAGAGAACAAAAAAAACUGUAAGACUUGUAUGAGUGGAGCAGAUAUUGACGACACUAUGUAUAUCUUGAAUGUACCAAAAGAUGCCAAUGAAUAG